CCGAUUGGCUGCUUCGCUACCGAUAUAUAGAGUCCGGUUGUCCAUCUUUCUUCCUCUACAUCCUCGUAACGACUGGGAAGGUCAGUCGCGGGUGCUUGUCCGUUAAACAUCUACAACCAGGACACAUAUUCCGGUCAAACAAAAGCAGGAAACAUGUCGAAGGGACCAGCAGUUGGCAUUGAUUUGGGGACCACCUACUCCUGUGUUGGGGUGUUCCAGCAUGGCAAAGUUGAGAUUAUUGCCAACGACCAGGGCAACAGGACCACACCCAGCUAUGUUGCCUUCACUGACACAGAGAGGCUGAUUGGAGAUGCUGCCAAGAACCAGGUCGCCAUGAACCCCACCAACACAGUUUUCGAUGCCAAGAGGUUGAUUGGCCGUCGUUUUGAUGAUGGUGUUGUCCAGUCUGACAUGAAGCACUGGCCAUUCAACGUCAUCAACGAUAACACCCGCCCCAAGGUUCAAGUGGAGUACAAGGGGGAGAAGAAGUCCUUCUACCCCGAGGAGAUCUCUUCAAUGGUCCUGACCAAGAUGAAGGAGAUCGCUGAGGCUUACCUGGGAAAGACUGUCAACAAUGCGGUCGUCACAGUCCCUGCCUACUUCAAUGACUCUCAGCGCCAGGCCACCAAGGAUGCUGGUACCAUCUCUGGCCUGAAUGUGCUGCGUAUCAUCAAUGAGCCCACUGCUGCUGCUAUCGCUUAUGGGCUGGACAAGAAGGUUGGCGCCGAAAGGAACGUCCUCAUUUUCGAUCUUGGUGGUGGCACCUUCGAUGUGUCCAUCCUGACCAUUGAGGAUGGCAUCUUCGAGGUGAAGUCCACCGCUGGUGACACCCAUCUUGGCGGGGAGGACUUCGACAACCGCAUGGUCAACCACUUCAUCGGCGAGUUCAAGCGCAAGUACAAGAAGGACAUCAGCGACAACAAGAGAGCCGUUCGUCGUCUGCGCACGGCCUGUGAGAGGGCCAAGCGCACGCUGUCCUCCAGCACCCAGGCCAGCAUUGAAAUCGACUCUCUCUACGAGGGAGUGGACUUCUACACCUCCAUCACCAGGGCUCGUUUUGAGGAGCUGAAUGCUGAUCUGUUCCGUGGCACCUUGGACCCCGUGGAGAAGUCCCUGCGUGAUGCCAAGAUGGACAAGGCUCAAAUCCAUGACAUCGUGUUGGUCGGCGGCUCCACCCGUAUUCCCAAGAUCCAGAAGCUCCUGCAGGAUUUCUUCAACGGCAAAGAGCUGAACAAGAGCAUCAACCCAGAUGAAGCUGUUGCCUACGGAGCUGCUGUCCAGGCUGCCAUCCUGUCCGGUGACAAGUCCGAGAAUGUCCAGGACCUGCUCCUCCUGGACGUCACCCCUCUGUCUCUGGGUAUUGAGACCGCUGGAGGCGUCAUGACUGUCCUGAUCAAGCGCAACACCACCAUCCCCACCAAGCAGACCCAGACCUUCACCACCUACUCAGACAACCAGCCAGGAGUGCUCAUCCAGGUGUACGAGGGUGAGCGCGCCAUGACCAAGGACAACAACCUGCUGGGCAAGUUUGAGCUGACUGGCAUCCCACCUGCUCCUCGUGGUGUUCCUCAGAUCGAGGUGACGUUCGAUAUUGAUGCCAACGGUAUCAUGAACGUUUCUGCAGUCGACAAGAGCACUGGCAAAGAGAACAAGAUCACCAUCACCAACGACAAAGGUCGUCUCACCAAGGAGGACAUCGAUCGCAUGGUCCAGGAGGCAGAGAAGUACAAGGCUGAGGAUGACGUGCAGCGUGACAAGGUGUCGGCCAAGAACGGCCUGGAGUCCUACGCUUUCAACAUGAAGUCAACCGUGGAGGACGAGAAGCUUGCUGGCAAGAUCGCUGAUGACGACAAGCAGAAGAUUUUGGACAAGUGCAAUGAGGUCAUCAGCUGGCUUGACAAGAACCAGACUGCCGAGAAGGAUGAGUAUGAACAUCAGCAGAAGGAGCUGGAGAAGGUGUGCAACCCAAUCAUCACCAAGCUGUACCAGGGUGCUGGAGGCAUGCCAGGAGGAAUGCCCGGUGGCAUGCCAGGCGGCAUGCCCGGUGGAAUGCCUGAUGGCAUGCCCGGUGGCACCUCUGGACCAACCAUUGAGGAGGUCGAUUAAACAUUCCAUCAGAAAAAGCUGAGCUAACAAAAGAAGAUUGCCUUUUGCAACACAUGUUGCAUUAUGUUUAGAGUUCGGGGAUCACAUUAUUGCAUCUAUGUGAAACAUGAUGAGGGACAAGUUGUCUUCCAUUGUCUAUGUUUGAGAGUAUUUUGUUGAAGUCUUUUCGAUAUAAAUAAAAUGUUCUUAUCCCUGCA